AUGGAAGAGGACCUUUCAGACCUCCUCGACACCCACCAGGACCGACCGACCGAAGUCAGACGUCGAGACCAGACCGAAACACAGACACUGCGGACAGCACGCGUGACAGUCGAGGCGGGAGUAAAAAGGCUUCACUUUAGGGCAUCGAGGACAUGUAGUCAUCAGCAAGGGUGGAGAUUCUGUGGCUCUUUUAAAGAGUUUAGAAAGGGGACGUCUACUCUAAAGUGA